UGAUAGAAUUUGAAAAUGGGAGGCGCUGUAAGUUCGGGCCGCGACAAUAAUGAGUUGAUCGACAACCUGAUGGGCGGCAACUACAUCCGGACGCGCACGGUGGAGCGCGUGUUCCGCGCGCUGGAUCGCGCUGACUAUAUGACUCCUGAAGCGAGGGACCAGGCGUACAAAGACAUGGCCUGGCGGAGCGGGCCGCUGCACAUAUCCGCACCUUGCAUUUAUAGUGAAGUGCUGGAAGGCCUGGAGCUAAAGGCUGGUCUGUCCUUUCUCAAUGUGGGGUCUGGUACUGGCUACCUCAGCACCCUGGUGGGCUUGAUCAUCGGCACCAGUGGCAUCAGCCAUGGCAUUGAGAUCAACAACUUUGUGGUUGAAUACGCAACCAAGAAGCUCAAUCAGUUCAUUGAAAACUCUGCUACAUUGGACGAAUUCGACUUCUGUGAACCUAGGUUCUAUUGUGGCAACGGACUGUGCCUUGCCCCGCUGCAGGCGCCCUACGACCGCGUCUACUGCGGCGCUGGCUGCCCUGAAGAGUACCAGAAUUACUUCAAACAGCUUAUUAAGGUGGGCGGUAUCUUGGUGCUGCCGCUGAAUGAUAACCUGCUGCAAGUAAGACGCUUAGGAUCCAACGAGUGGAGCACGCGCAGCUUGCUCAACGUAUCUUUUGCAACUAUGAGGUUGCCUCUCAAGGGUCAGAACCCGGAUCUCAUCAGGCUCGACGACCGCUUUGCAGAGGAGCAGCGGCCGGCGCGGCUGCAGGCGCUGGCGCGGGGCGCGAUCCGCGCGGCGAUGCGCGGCGCCAUGCUGCGCCGGCACCCCGAGCUGCGCGAGCCGCCGCCGCGCGCGCCGCCCGCCAAGAAGGCCUGUCCGCGGCGCAUCUGCAUCCCCUUCGAGGAGGACAGCGACCACGAGAGCCUCAACGCCCUGCACGACCUGGACCCGGCCAGCGGCGGGCACGAGAUGAACGCGCUGCUCAGCCUGGUGCUGAGCAUGGGCCACAACCGCGUGGCCGGCGCGCUGCGCGUCGACUCCGUCGGCUCGCCCUCGCACUCCGACACCGACGACAGCGACUCCGAUCGCCGCUACGACGACGACGACAACGAAAACGACAACGACGCGUCUGACGACCACCUGGAAGUCGUGGUCACCGAGGCCGACAGUGGCGCUCGCAGGAGCAACCGCAGCAGGGAGCGGAACUCCGACAGCGACGGGGAGGAGGCGGCGCGCCGGCGGGCGGCCCGGGACAUCAUUCUGUUCGAGUUCAGCAACCAAAGGCCGAGGACGCGCCGCGACGCCGCGCCCGCCCCCGCGCCCUUGCGCGGCGACGCCCCCCCUCCGGCGUCCGGCUCGCGCGCUUCGCCCCCGCCCCCGACCCCGCCCCCGCGCUCGCGCCGCAGCCGCUCCCUGCCCCCGCGGCGGGAGCGCGCCGACGCCGCGCCGCGGGACUCCCGCUGCAAGAGGACGACCAUGGGCCAGCUCGAGCUGUACCUCGGCGAGCCGGAGACCGCGUCCCCGUUCCUCGACUUCGACCGGAAGAAGUCCCUGAGCGAGGAGGAGACGACCACCACCGAGUCCACGUCCAAGGCCCGCGACGAGAAGCGGCAGAAGUUCGACAGUGGCCUGGGCGAGGAGAACACGCCGUCGUCGAGCAGCUCGCCCGGCAAGAGCGGCAACAGCGACGACUCGGACUGCGGCUCGCGCGCCUCCAGCAGCCUCACGGACGACGACCACCACCGGGGUCGUCGCCGCCGGCAGAAGCGCGGCCACGGCCAGGUGAGCCACCACUCGUCGUCGUCGACGGACGACGACUCGGCCGACGACGACGGCGACGGCGACUCGAAGCGGCACCGGCGCAGCACCGCGCCCUCCGACUCCGCCCGCCGCGUGCGCCUCUCCAUCCUCAUGAAGCGCGGCGUCAAGGAGCUGCCGUUGCCGCAACAACUUAAGAAGUACGUCAAUCUCGGAAGGUGUUUCGAGUUCUAAGCGACGGGAGUUACAAAUCGGUGGCUGGUAGACCUCUCGCUAAAGUUGUCGUCGUCGAGGAUGUACGAUUGUUCCUCGUUUCGAGCUAUCGAAACGACGCAAAGUCAGUCCGAGAGGACCGGGCGUCCGUGAAUUGUUGGAAGUUGAAAUUAAUUUUAUCAAAGAAUGCAAUGAUAAGUCCCGUUGUGCGAUGUUGUCGGUGCCAUGGUUUAACUGUAGAAAUUUGUCGAAGAUUGUGUAAAAUUACGCCUAGACUUCAGAAGUCUCGAGUACUUAGGCGGUUUCUGAACCGUUACAAAGGUGGAAUGUCUACGCAGGAUUAGAUUUUAAAUAAGUGCGUGAAGUUGCAAAGGCAAAAAAGCGACUAGUGAUUUGCCAAAACGUGUGAUGGGUGUGACAGUGAUUUUAUGUCUGGACGGGUAUAUAUAAAUAAUUCUUAUGUUACAAAAUUGUUUUUUUAUAUUUUAUUCGUGUUUACUUCGCGGGGUGAGGUUGAUUGUCGACCCGACGUGGUUGUAAUCGUUAACUCGACCAAUACACGGGGAGCAGCUGCACGGCUUUAACCUUGCAAAAUUUAGUUUCAUUUUGAUAGCCAAGAGUGAUCCUAUCAUUCGCCAGUUACCGUUACAUUAGUGAAACUUCGUAAUUGACAUUAUAAUUUAUUUGUCUCGGAUCUGUUGCGCGUUGCACUCAAAACGCACUAAAAUGUUGUCUAAAGUUGUCAAAAUGUUGUCUAAAGUUGUCAUUUUUUCGUUCGCUUUUUUGAAAACAUAGAUUGUUAAAUUUGGUUUAACGCGUAACAGAAUAAAGGCCAUAUUCAUGCAAUAUUGAAGACAUUACUGAAUUUAUUAUUAAGAUAUGUAUUUGUAAAUAUUUUGAAUAUGAGGGCAAUUAGUCUUUCCUUAUCUCUCUUGCACUCUACGAAUGUUUAAAAACAUAUUUUGGCAAGUUAGUAGCGAGUAUUAACAGUUUUAAAUAAGUAUUUUUCAUUUUAAUUAUUUUUUUUAAACUGUUUUCAUCCGUAUAUACUGCAACUUCGUCGGUAUUCUUUAUCGUAUUAAAUAGUCUGUGCUAACUUGUCAAAUUAAGCUGUCUUAUGGUGUGUUCGUUCCGUUGACAUUUGGCGCUCAUUGUCGGACUAGUGGUCACUAUACCUAAUUUCCGUUACGGCAAUUUUUAUUAUUUAAUAUCAUUGUGUAAUUAUUAAAUAACUGUUCACGAUACAAUACUCGAAUAUUAAAUAAUAUUGCACGAUAAAAAAAUCGAAUACUUAAACAAAAAAAAUUGCCACAGAAAUUAGGUAGUGACCACAAAUCCGAGAAUGACCGUUGUGAUCGUCGCAGCGGAAUCGAGUCGUGGAGUGUAAAAUAAUAUAAUGCUAAUUAUCAUUAUUACGGCACGUGUAUGCAGUCGCAUAGUUUAGUUGUUAUGUCGAUCCUAUGUAACCAUACUGUGGUACUUUUACUUAGCAAGUCGUACGAACAAAGAGAAGGGUAUACUUGUCAGUUUUCUUAAGAGAAUUUGCUUGAAAACAACCCUUUACCCUUCUAACAGCAUUUCACUUAGUGUAUAGAGUAUGGUUACUUAGUAGUUAGAAAUCACCGCACAACUGCGGGUUGGUCGUUAUCUGUUUAAGAACUGUUGAACAGCUAACUGAACUGUUUGUUGAACUGUUCGUCACUUCUAAUUCGCAGUUGUGCGCUACUGUUUAGGAAAGUUAAUGGUAUUUAUACGGUAACAAUUGAUGUAAAUAUUAUAUACUGUCAUUUGUUUUCUGUUGCAUGUAAUUAAAGCGAUUUUAUUGUGCAGUUGUUGUUUUAGUGGAUUUUAUAUUACGAGCGCU